AUGCCAUCCUCCAGCACAUCCCUCUCGCCCGUCGAGUCUGUGCGUCUUCGACUAGACACGCUGACCGCUUUAGUCCAAGGACCUUCGGUCCAGCAACGAGCGGGCGCAUCUCUCCAUGCUCCAGGCCUCGCUCUUGCGGAUCAAGCCACCUUCAGCGCGGGUGAAGAUGCGGGUGUGGAUGCAAAGAUCAGCGAGAGAUCCAUCGCUUCUCGCCUUUCGCAGGCUCAGGAGGCGUUGAAUGAUUGCAUCGGCGCUCACAAAUCCCUAAUAGCUUUUGCUCAGACGUUCGAUCAGAACAGACCUUGGUUGAUACCCAUCAUCCCUUUGCAGAAACGAUCCGUCGGAUGCGGUGGCGAGGAUGAAAAGGCAGAGGAAGGGGGGGAGCAGAAUGAUGAUGCUGCUGCUCGAGACUUGGGGAAAAUGGCGGUGGAGGAGAGGGAUGGAUUGUUGAUGCUUGGUGGGCUCGAGGAGAGGGCUACGAUUGUGAUAGAAGCGGAGAGGGACAUCAAGCAGCUCGGUCGGGACAUGAAUGCCAUCAAGGAGCUUCAACGAUUUGCCGAAGGUGGCCGUCUGGGAGAACUACAGGAUCUGCGUCCGAUGCUGGAUCAACUCAUUGCUCGCUUAUCCGACGCGUCGGAGAGCAGGUCAGAGUUGGACAGCCAAGUGCUCUCGCUGGUAGAUCAGUACGGAGAAUGGGUCCGAAUGCUGUCCAGCUUGUUUGUCAGUUGGGACGAAGGACUUUCGGAGUUGGAGAGACGGGUCACCCAGCUCGAACGACUGAGAGCUACGGCUCGUUGA